GAGUGAUGUUUGUGUAUCAUCAGUGUUUUACAAAUGUUGAUGAUGAGAGAUGAGAUGGAUGUGAUGUGCUGUAAAUCAGUAGGAACUGAUCUGUCCAUGCUGGAUAUUGAUGAUUUCAUCACAGAAAUCUCUCAGCUGAAGAAAGAGGUGGCGUUACUGGAGACAAAGCUGAGGUUAAGAGGAGAUGAAGGACUGAAGAGAGAGGAUCUCAGUCUGUCUUUACUCUCUUAUACUGAGUCAAAGUCCACAGACGCUCAGGACACAACAGUGUGUGACAGUAAUGAGGGCUUACAGGAGGAUCAAACCUCCACAGAGUCUCUGGAUUCUGUCUGUAACGCUGGAGAACAGCAGCAGAUCCUGCAGACCAAACUCAAGAUGUGUUCAGUCAAACUCAUUGACUUCAGGAACCUCAUGAUGAAGAUCAAAACUGAACCCAAAGAAAUAAAAAAUGAACCUACAGAAGAGGAAGAUCAUGAUGAUGAAAAUGAGGGCUGUGGUGAUGAUUUUAUUCCUUCAGAUGAGAGGAAUGAUUUCUCUGAAGGAGAAAUAACGUCCUCAACAUCAAAAGAAAGACAUUUAGAGAGCAAACACACAGAACAGAAACUCUUCACCUGCAGGACAUCUGAGAUCAACUUUACUACCUUACAAGAUGAGAAACUUCAUUCAGAAGAUCACAGAGAGAAGAAGAAGAAGAAGAAGAAGAAGAAGAAGAAGAAGAAGAAGAAAAAGUUUGACUGUCAGCAGUGUGGGAAGAAUUUUGAAUUCUUAUCUCGGCUACAAGUUCACAUGAGGACACACAGUGGUGAAAAGUCUUUCCACUGCAGUGAAUGUGGCAAAUAUUUCAGCAGCAAACUAAAUCUUGAUGCUCAUCAGAGAAAUCAUACAGGUGAAAAACCUUACAAAUGCUCUCGGUGUGAGAGGACGUUUACUAAGUCAGGCAAAUUAAAAGCCCAUGAGAGACUUCAUAAUGGAGAGAAACCUCAUCACUGUAAAGUUUGUGGGAAGAGUUUCAGUCGACAUCACAUUUUAGUGAAUCACCAGAGAAAUCAUACAGGUGAAAAACCUUACAAAUGUUUUCAGUGUGAGAAGACGUUUACUCGUUUAGGUUCCUUAAAAGCCCAUAAGAGUUUUCAUACUGGAGAGAAACCUUACAAAUGCUCUCAGUGUGGGAAGACAUUUCCUAGGUCAGGUCACUUAAAAAUCCAUCAAAGAAUUCACACUGGAGAGAAACCUUAUCACUGUAGUGUUUGUGGCAAGAGUUUCAUUCGACAUGAUAGUUUAAUAACACACCAGAGAACUCAUACAGGUGAAAAACCUUACAAAUGCUCUCAGUGUGAGAAGACGUUUACUAAGUCAGGCAACUUAAAAGCCCAUGAGAGACUUCAUACUGGAGAAAAUAUUUUCAAAUGCUCUCAGUGUGAGAAGACGUUUCCUUCGUCAGGUCACUUAAAAAUCCAUGAGAGAAUUCACACUGGAGAGAAACCUUAUCACUGUUGUGUUUGUGGCAAGAGUUUCAGUCGACAUGAUAGUUUAGUGUCACACCAGAGAAUUCAUACAGGUGAAAAACCUUACGAAUGCUCUCUGUGUGAGAAGACGUUUGCUCACUUAAGUAGUAUAAAAGCCCAUGAGAAAGUUCACACUAGAGGAAAACCUCAUUAAUGUAGUGUUUGUGGAAAGAGUUUUAAUCUACGUGUCAGUUUAGUGAAACACCAGAGAACUCGUACAGGUGAAAAACCUUGAUACCCCAUAAAACCCCCUGAAAGACUCUGCUUUUUCAGUAUAACCCAUUCAAAUAUUUCUAAAUAAAUUAUAAACGUAACAUGAUGAAAACGCUAUAAGAAACACAGGAAACAGACGUUGACAAAACAACGGACAUUCUAUUCUAAUUAUUAAUAGAUUUCCAGAUGAUUUCAUCAUUCCAGUCUGUCCAUGUAAGGGCUUAUUUCAACCACCUACAUUUAUCUUCAACAGGGUGUUUUAUAAAAAUGAAGGCCUUCAAUACUGAAGGUCUAGGGUUUUUCGCUGCUUUUUCUGGUCAAAGCCCGCCCACAAGCUGUUUGACCAACAUGUCAAACAACUAGGGGUGUAACGUGUAUUCGUACCGGACCGUUUCGGUACAGGGCUUUCGGCACGGUGCACAUGUGCACUGAAUGUCCGAAUGCAAU